CCUCCCACCAUUAUGAAACAGUCGUUGAAGGACUACAUUGUUGAUCCCAGAGAUAACAUCAUCAUUGAGUGUGAGGCCAAGGGGAACCCCGUGCCAACGUUCUCAUGGCGACGGAACGGGAAGUUCUUCAACGUGGGGAAGGAUCCGCGGGUGACGAUGCGGAAGCGCUCAGGGACGCUGGAAAUCAGCUUCCGGAGCGGAGGGAGGCCAGAGGACUACGAGGGAGAAUACCAGUGUUUUGCCUCCAACGACUUUGGAAUGGCACUGACCAACAAGAUCCUACUACGAGUGUCCAAGUCUCCUCUGUGGCCUAAGGAGGUGUUGGAGCCAGUGGUAGUGGGUGAGGGAUCUCCCCUGGUCCUGGCCUGUAACCCUCCUCCUGGCCUGCCCCCUCCGCUCACCUUCUGGAUGGACAGUGCCAUGAUGCCUAUAACCCAGGACAAGCGUGUGUCCAUGGGCCUGAAUGGAGACCUGUAUUUCUCUAAUGUGCUGGCUAAAGACUCCCACACAGACUACAGCUGCAACGCCCGAUUCCUCUUCACACACACUAUCCAGCAGAAGAACCCCUUCACACUCAAAGUGCAGACCAGUCGUAAGGUAGCAGAGACCACCCCUAACUUCCUCUCCCCCACGGGGACUGACAGCUCGAGGAUGGUGAUGAGAGGAGAAAAGCUAAAGCUGGAGUGUAUCGCUUCCGGAGUUCCAACUCCCAGUAUAAAGUGGUUUAAGAAGGGGGGAGACCUGAACCAGAAGGUGAAACUAGACAACUUCAAUAAGACUCUGCGUAUCGACAGUGUGUCAGAGGAGGAUGCAGGGGAGUACAUGUGUAUGGCCAACAAUCAGAUAGGAAGCAUCCGACACUCCAUCUACGUCCAGGUUAAAGCGGCUCCCUAUUGGCUGGACCAGCCGUCCAAUCUGGUGCUAGCGCCGGAUGAGAACGGUCGUCUGGUGUGUCGGGCCAAUGGAAACCCCAAACCUCACAUCCAGUGGCUGGUCAACGGAGAGCCUAUCGAGAGCUCCUUGCCCAACCAUAGCAGAUCGGUGGUAGGUGACACCAUCAUGUUCCGCUCCGUUCAGAUCGGCAGCAGCGCUGUGUACCAGUGUAAUGCCUCCAAUGACCAUGGUUACUUGCUGGCCAACGCAUUCGUUAGCAUACUGGACAUGGCCCCCAGAAUGCUGGGUCCUAAGAACCAGCUGAUAAAGGUGAUAGAGAACAACAGAACCUUCCUGGACUGUCCCUAUUUUGGCUCGCCACUUCCUGAGCUACGCUGGUUUAAGAAUGGUCAAGGAAGUGGUCUGGACGGUGGUCACUAUCGGGUCUACAUCAACGGGACCCUAGAGAUCAAGCGUGCACGGGCUGAGGACCAGGGGACCUACACCUGCGUGGCCAGCAACAUCCUGGGCAAGGAGGAGAACCAGGUUCUCCUGGAGGUCAAAGAGCCGACACGUAUUGUCAGGGCUCCAGAGCACCAGUCAGCCAUCAGAGGCACCAUGGCUCGUUUCGACUGCCGGGUCAAAUCAGACCUCACCCUGCCCAUCACUGUUACCUGGCUGAAGGAUGACAAGCCCCUCUCCCCGGGAUCGAGGUUGAAGAAGGAUGAGGAUUCUCUGUCCAUCCCCAAUGUCCAUGAGGGAGAUGAGGGAACAUACACCUGCACUGUUAAAACAGAGAUUGACCAAGACACUGCCUCAGCACGCCUUACUGUGUUAGACCGUCCUGACUCUCCCAUGGACUUGGAGCUGUCUGACCCUGAAGCACGCAACGUACGACUGACCUGGAUACCUGGAGAUGAUCACAACAGCCCUGUCACACUGUUCGUGGUUCAGUUUGAGGAGGACCGUUGGGAGUCGGGCAAGUGGCAGAACCACUCUAGUUAUCCCGGAAACUUCAACUCUGUCAUCCUGGAGCUCUCUCCUUUUGUCAACUACCAGUUCAGAGUCAUCGCUGUCAAUUCUGUGGGCCAGAGCCGCCCCAGCCUCCCCUCGCAACGAUACCAGACCAGCGGAGCCCCUCCUGAUGCUAUCCCUAGUGGCCUGAAAGGCUGGGGCACCAAGAAGAACAACAUGGAGAUCAGCUGGGAGCCCUUGUUGGACACAGAGCGAAACGGCCCUAACCUGCGCUACUCAGUGUGGUGGCGACGGAAGGAUACGGGGGAGGAAUGGAGUAAUGUGACUACAGUGGGGGCGAAGCACAUUGUCCACGACACAGAGACCUACGUACCCUAUGAGAUCAAACUGCAGGCUGUGAAUGACUUUGGACUGGGACGCGAGUCCAACAUCAUCAUAGGAUACUCUGGGGAGGACAAGCCAACAGCCCCUCCCGCUGACCUGCGAGUGUCUAAGAUUGACAGCACCAAGGUCAAUGUCCACUGGACCCCGGUAGAUCCCAGCACUGUAUUGGGAGAAUUCAAGGAGUACAGAGUGUACUACUGGCGUGAGAGCAGCAUGGUGAAGGGUCUGCGUGUGAAUAAAGAGAAGAGGACUAAAGGGUUCUACAGUACCGUGGCCCAGCCUACUGGUAUACUGACAGACCUACAGCCAUACAGUACCUACCGCAUAUACAUGGUGGUCGCCAACAAUCGCUACGAGGGACCGCCUUGCAAACAUGUGGAGUUCAGUACCAAGGAAGGAGUGCCAGAAACUCCUAAGUUCUUUAAGAUCAUCCAGAGGAGUACAGAUGUUAUCAACCUGGAGUGGGACAAACCCCUGGAGCCUAACGGCAUUCUGAUUGGAUACAAACUCAACUACCAGACAGUGAACGGGUCGCGUGUCGGCCUUAUGCAGAUGAAGAGUUUCCUACCUAACGUGACAGCGUACACGCUCCGCCUACCCGAACGAGCCAUCCGCUAUAAGUUCUACCUGGCGGCCCUCACACAGGUGGGAGCAGGGGAGGUCUACGCUGAAGAGUCUCCACACUUCACCAAUGAGGCCUACAGUAAAGAUCAGGUGGACAUUGCUACCCAGGGCUGGUUCAUCGGGCUGAUGUGUGCAAUUGCUCUCAUCAUCCUCAUCCUCCUCAUCGUCUGCUUCAUCAAGAGGAGUCGCGGAGGCAAAUACCCAGUGCGAGAAAAAAAAGAUCUCCCUCUGGACGCGGUGGAUCAGAAAGGGGAGGACGGAUCAUUUGACUACCACAGCGACGAGGACAACAAGCCUCUGCAGGGUAGCCAGAACUCUCUGGACGGCGGGGUGAAGGAGAGUGACGACAGCCUGGUAGACUACGGCGAGGGAGGGGACGGCCAGUUCAACGAAGACGGCUCCUUCAUUGGCCAGUACACAGUCAAGAAGGACAAGGACGAAACAGAGGGCAACGAAAGCUCCGAGGCCACCUCACCCGUUAACGCCAUCUACUCGCUGGCGUAACCCCCCCGCCGGCCUCGGCCUGGGGAUCUGAGGAGCUCCCCUUAGCGGUCGGAGGGUGCUAUUACCACCACUACUACUACCACACACACACAAACACAGAUAUGAAUAUGAAUAUAUAUAUAUGAAUCUAUGAAAACACGUAUACACACGUAAACACACAGCGCCUGCCUGGAGACUGUUUGGCCUCUUUAAGCGGACGGAGAAACCAUUCCUCUGAGAAAUAAAGGGGUGCGAAUGGAAUGGAAGCUACCAUAUACAGUGAGCCAAGCCUUUAUUGUCAGCUCCAGAAAAUGGCUUGCCGAGGCAAAGUUUGGGAAUCUUGAACAGUACCGGUUUCUCUAUGCUCCUCCUCCUCUUGCCCAUCACACAGACGUUAGUGUGCCUAAAGGGCUGGCCUCAAGUAUAGAGGACUAAGAGGCAACGCAGAGGUUUUCAAGCAUUUUGUGUGGCACUAGAGCUUUUUUGUUUUCAACGUCCUCAGCUUUUCCCGCAACCCCCCUCUUCCUCCCACACAUAUCAUAUCUUUACCCAGCAUUCCUAGGGAAGGAGACACAGACGCUCCUCCUGUGAACAUAUCAGCUACAGACCACCAACACAGCAGGAUGUCGGCAGAUAUGUUUAUCAUAUUGAUAUUUCCGCAAAGAGAGAUAAUUCUGGUACAAUAGACGAGUCAUUAGAAUAUAUGAAUGCUGUAAACUCUGCUAGCUCACCUUCUAAUUCGCUGCAAAACUAUGCACUACCACCACCUCAUGUUUUUGGGUAAAGUCUGGUUAUGAAUUUUAUUUUUUGUUGUUUUUGUGUUGAUUCUCACAGGUUUAAAGAAGAAUAACUUGCUUAAUGAAAUGGUAUCGUUUCCUCCCCAUCCCGCUGUGGUAAAUGUACUUCUGUUUCACCUCCAAACUCAAGUAGUGUGGAGAUAUUCAAAAUGGCCACAGCUAUAGCAAUGCCAUUCCUGCCUCAAGCUUUGUUAUAGUACAAGCCUAUACUAUGUCAGUUAUAAAUGACAUUUGAAGAAAAUAUUUUUUUUCAAGCAUGGUAGUACUUUAGUGCAAGAGACAAAGGAAAAGUAGCUUGGAGAGGAGGUUUGCUCUGCUUGGUAAACUGCUACAGACUGUCUGUCCAUCUCUAUGGCGAAUGGUGCUCCAAGGAGGUGACUCACUUCUUGUUUACUUCCUGUUUAGCAUGACUGUGAUCCUUAGGCUUGGCUUGAUCGGCACCUCUUUUGUCUGCUUCUUUUAUAACUGAUCUCGUUAUGGGACAGGAGGAAUCUGUAGAGGCAUGUCUUCACCUUCAAACCUCUAGAAAUGAUUUGGAAUCCUAAUUGACUGUUGAAGUCAAAAAUAAACGAAAUACUGCUACAAAACAUAUGUAAUGUCUUUGAAUAUAAGAUACAGAUAACUCUGUGAAGGUAAUGAAGGUCCCUGCAGAUGCCACCUGGCCCUAGUCAUCAUUGUCAUACGAAGCCAGUAUGUCAAGGAAGUGUGAAGAAGUUAGAGCGCAUCGAUACUAAUACAUUGGUCGACCGCCAUUUUACCAUUUGAUCCUUUCAAUAGUAGAACUCAUUCAUGAGUCUUCCUUGAUGUUUCACCUCUCGAAGCGGUAGAAAGCUCAGCACCCACUUUUACAACUUAUUACAAGAGCAUUACUAAAGUCUUUCACGUUAAAUCAAAUAGAUCUUAGCUAACAAAUUACAAUUAGCUAACAGAGGUCACAUUGUAUUUCAGAUAACUAUUUUAUAUUUUAAUUUAUUACAUUAUGUCGAUAGUGUUAAUUAAUAUAUUAGUAAUUCACUUAUUAAUUGUUGAAUACACAUGUUUGACCAACUGAAUCAAUGGUAUCACAUCAGAACCCACUCUGAAAGCCACGAUAAAGAACUUAACGGGAUUUGUUAUUGUACAUAAGAAAAGGGAAAUCUGCUGUAUGACACAUCUUUUGUUGCUAUGGGUAUUUUUGUGUAAACUAACAACAUUGACUGUCACCAUUAAAGACGUUGUGGUGAUCUAUUCAUUGUGCUGCUCUUCAUGUUGAGUAUUCAUGUUUGUAUUACUGUUAUUAUUCCAUGUUGGUAUUAGAAUUGAUUUAAUAUAACUUUAACUUAACACAGAAAUGUAACAUUGCUUAUUUGUUUGACAUACUGUAACUGUACGUACACGUAAGUCCUGAAACAAUAUGUAUUUGUAAAUAUCUAUCAGAAAAACUGCUUUAUGAGUAAAGAAAUAGUCACAAAUCUGUAUCCACCAAGCAAAUGUACCUGGUGCAUCCCAAGAAUGAUGUCAUGUGGACCUUUGCAAUGUAGCUUUGAUUACGAUUGUGACUCAAAAUUACUCAAUUGAUGUUGUCCCUAAGAACUUGCUUUGAACUUGUAAUAUAUGGCUUGUGACUUGUCUAUCGGUCCGUCACUUUUCUGAUGAUCACUAAUUCAAAAGAAACAGUUGAUAAUAAACACUAUCUUGUGGAACAGGUAUACAGUAGUCAGCCACUUUAUGGUGUAAAUAAAAAGUGCUAAUGAAAUGUGUUGUUGUAGCAUACUGCACACACCUGUUCAAUAGGUAUGAAAAAAAAAAGCAUUUGCUGAGGUAACGGAUAGCCAUUUUUCCCCUAUUUUGUUUGUUUUUGUAUUGUCAUCUCUUAAUAAGGCAACCCCAGACUUUCUCAAGGCUGCACAGACUCAUUCUCCCAUCAUGCCAUUCAGCUUACAUGCCUGCUGCUCCACUCCUCCUGGUGACAGCCCAGUGGCUGGUGGCCAUUUUGAAAGGGACAGAUUUGGUCGUGUGUUUCACUUCUUUAAAGAGAUGUCUUGUGUUCUGCCUUCCUCCUCUUAGACUUAAAAAAAUGUAAUAUACUGUAUGGCCAUCAACAUCCUCUGUGAACGGGUCCUCUUUAAACCUUCUUUCUCCAGUAUGUCAAAGCAAGUUUUGACC